AUGUUGGUUGGAGCUUAUCCGUUUGAAGAUCCAGAAGAGCCAAGAGACUAUCGGAAAACAAUACAGGGAAUCCUUAGCGUUAAAUACUCAAUCCCUGAAGACAUACGGAUUUCACCUGAAUGCUGUCAUCUAAUUUCAAGAAUUUUCGUGGCUGAUCCUGCUACCAAUCUCCCAGCUGAUCUAAUGGACGAGAGCAACACAGGAAACCAAUUUCAGGAGCCUGAACAGCCAAUGCAAAGCCUUGACACAAUCAUGCAGAUCAUCUCUGAAGCCACAGUUCCCGCUGUUCCAAACCGUUUCCUAGACGAUCUUGAUCUUGACAAUGACAUGGACGACAUUGGCGGUAGCGGAGAGGUAGUUUAA